AUGCCCGUAGACUUCCUCGUUCUACAGAUUUGGGGAUCUUUCAUGACUGCUCGUCGAAAAUGGACUCUUCUUCCCUUACUUCAGCUGGUCUUCUUUGUCUCAUGGGCGCUCAUGACAGUCAUGUUGUACCAUUCACUCACUACAGGCACUGCACAUCCAUCUCCCCAGCGGCAGCGAGUACAGCGAAAUAUACCAUUGGAAUCCAAUCCAGUACCGAGAUCCCUGAAUCUCACAAUGUACAACUACGUUCCCACGUCUCACAUGAAGGACGCCAAGAUGUUGUGGUAUGACAUUCUCUUUCGCCAGGACGACAGCAGGAUCUUUAUCAUAGGGCCUGGCCAUGCCGAGAAAGUCUUGCUAAAAAGUUCACGGUUUUAUAUUGAUGGAGAGGUCGCUGAUGCUGUGUGGCUCGCCGACACUGCUCACGUCUUUGUAGUCCAGCUCAAGAUUGAUAUAGAUCCGCUAGUGCAGAGAGUUAGGCUCGACGCUCCAGGUGCGGGAGUGACCACUUGGGUUAGCCGGCAACCAAACAAAGUACCGGAUGCCAAACUCGGUGCACAACUGGUCUUUGCAAACGAUUCAGACACGAUGGCUUUAAAUAUUGCGUACCAUCAUCACUUGGGCUUCAACACCUUUUAUCUCUAUGAUAACUCAAUUCAGCAUCCCUAUCCUCAAACCCCGACUCCCACAAAAACUCAUAGACAGUGCGUAACAACUAGAAUGAGUUUGACGACAUCAACUAGGACUUCCACGGAUCAGGCAUUGAUCCCUCUCUCAGCCUCUCCACAAACCACCUUCCAUAGUCUAGACUGUAUAGAAGACACUACGCCAUCCCCGCUGCAAUCAUUCAAUACAUCUCUUGUAAAGCCCUUAUCACCAUAUGGCGUCUCACCGUAUUUAAACACCACCACCGUUCAAAGACUACUAGACUCCCUUCUAGCCCUUAUUAAAGACCCCGAACGACCUCUCUAUUUGAUCUUUGCAGAUUGGCCAUUCAUGUAUUUUGGGGAUAGUAAUAUCAAUAGUGGGCAGGUUACCGCUCAGAAUCAUGUCUUGUACCUCUCAAGCCACCACAUCAACUGGAUGAUGCUGAUCGACCAUGACGAGUUCCUAGUGCCUCGCAUAUCGUCACAAAAGUCGGCUGAAUCUUUCUUUGAUACAGUUGACGAAAAAUAUGUAGCAGUGUCUGUGCAGUCGGUAUGGUUUGCACAUGCAUGUUAUGAGACCAAUGUAACUUUUGGAAGUACCGACUAUAUUGAGAAGCUAUUGUGGAGGAAUAAUAACGCACUUGGUCCGCAUUAUCGGGAAAAGACUAUAGUCAGGCCGCAUCUAGUAAAGCAGUUUAGAACGCAUUUCGUUGAAAUAGGAACGGCCGACGUUCUCCUUGUGGAUCCCAGCGAAAUUUGGUUUCACCAUUAUCGGCCACUGACGGCAUGGACUAAGCAACGUGCAUCAGAGUGCAUGUCGCAUCAGACAGACACAUAUGAUCCCAGAAUACUUGAACUAUGGAUACAAAACUAUACAUUUAAACCAGCUGCAUCACCACCGGCACUUCCGUCUCCAGUACCAUCUACUGUCCUAUCAGAACCAACCGAACUGCCGGAAGGAGUUAAUCCAAUAGUUCUCCCUGACGGAACUGUUGUAGUUCCAGAUGGCAUCGAACCAUUACCUCGCGUGACAGGCUCUCUGGGCGAUCAUAUAAGUCCGCCAACUCUAAGGAGGCCAGCCAUAAGAAAGCACACAGAAUCCGUUAUAAGGCCAAGAAGGACGAAGACGUUUAGAAUUCCUUCUCCCACUCGUUUGGUUCGACAACCGUCACAAACACCAUCUAGAUUCCAUCCGAUACUGGCUAAUAUGCAAAACAGCCAUAUUCCGCUCAAGCCCUCAGCUGCUAACAUCAAUUAUAAUAGGAAAGAAUUCGAUACGCUGGGUGCCGGUUCUGAGUCUCAACUUGUAAUAGGACGUGUCUUAUCAUCUGUUGACAACAGUUUUGAAGCGAAUCAAGGUGAUUCUACGACUUCGUCCGUCAUUUGGACUUCUACUGAGGUUAUACCGGCUGCUGCUUCAGCUAUUCCACCGCCAACGAGUCCUGUUAUAUCAGGUGUCGUCCCUACAGCAGUAGUAGUCUCGGCAAUAUCGUCAUUGAUAUCAUCACAAUCAUUCAGUCCGGUGAAUCCGACAUCAUUACCCACGCUUCAUUCGACCAACUCUCCAACUGUAGAACGGACUCCAAAUGCCAGUCCCUAG